UACACCUAUCCAUUUUGUGGGUGCAGCACCAUCAAUAUGAUUGCCCUGCCUAAGGAAUGGAAACCUAAGAAACCUCACUACGUCCCUCGACCUCUGGGUAAACCCUUCAAAUACCACUGCUUUCAGUGCCCAUUUACCUGCAAUGAAAAAUCUCACCUGUUCAACCACAUGAAGUAUGACUUGUGCAAGAACUCACUUUCACUAAUUUCUAAGCAAGACAAGAUUUCCUCAAAGACUGUUAACACAGCAACUUCUUCCACAGAGGUGCAGAGACACGUCACAGCCCAACUUACUGAUGACCACAAAGUCAGAACAAAUUAUGAAGAGAGGAAUAACACAUCUGAAAGCAGGAGGUUACCUCAGAUAGAUACAGAGCUAAAAGGUAUUGCUAAUAAACUAAUAGCUAAAGCAUCAUCAAGGACUGAUGGACUGAAAACUGCAGCAUCAAGCAACAAUGAAAAACUAGAUGCGACAAUGCAUACUUUUGACUUAUAUCAGAAAGACUUGACAUCAACCAUUGAUCAACCAUUAAAGUCCUUCCAGCAUCAUCUUCUCCCCAUGUACAAACCUAUUCCUGUUCAUAAUUCAGUCUUCAUUGACUACAAAGCCCAAAAGCAAGCCAAAGGAACAGAACCUUUUCACCAUGGCCUGGAAUACACUUCUUAUGGCUUCCAGUACAAAUUAUACCCUAUACACUCUUCUUAUGCAUUAUAUCUUCAUGACAAUUACUGCCCUCAACUCCCUUUCACUUCACAAUUUAUUCCAUAUGCUGUGGAUGAUGUACCACAUGACAUCCACCCACUCCUACCAGGGCAAUUACCUCCCAUCCACUCUAUCCCAACAAUUCCCAAUCACAAUUUAGACCAGUCUUAUAAAUUCCACCAUUCAAAUCCCUCUCUUAGCAUGCAGCACCCUCAAGAAAUAUGUUCUGAUCCAAAAAUAGACCAAUCUAUAAUUGUAACCAGUAGUGUUGAUCAUGCAAGACCUAAAGAAGUCCAUCUUGAUCCAUACUCCAGGGCUCAAAAAGAAUUUUUACUCAGGCAGGACCCCGGGAUCAUAUUGACCCAACAAAACAAAGUUCAAAUGAGUCCCAAAACUGGCUGUUCUCCAACUGGGUCACCAGCUGGACCAAAUGCAACAGAUCACUCCCAGAAACCACCGGAUGUACAUGAGAUAGUGCCUCCACAUCUGGAAGAGUGUGACACAAAGACACUUUCAGCUGAAGAUGGAUGCAGACAAGGCAGCUCUACACACUGGAAGAGACAAUCAAGACCAGAACAGGAUGAAAUGGCAGAUGAUGAUGAUGAUGAUGCAGCCCCGCUUAACCUUUCAAAGAAGGAGCAAGCUUUUGAGGGUUCUUUAAACCUAUCUCUGAAAUCCAUAUCUGGUGUGACUUUGCCCAUAUUAACCCAUAUUAAAAGUGAGAUUAAAAAUGUCACCUAGGAAAUUGUGGAUGCCGGUUCAGCGAAAGAAGAAAAUAAUGAUUCCAUAGAUGAGAAAAAACAGACAGCUGCAUUUGCCUUGUGUCAGCUGGCCCAGUGGCAUUUAUCAGAACAGACAGAAAGCUCAGAAACAAAAAGCUCACAUUUCUGCAAGUACACAGAAAAUAGUGCUAAAGAACAUCAAAUGAGCUCUGCUUCACUGCAUAAUAACUGCAUAUCUGGUAAUCCAGCAGUCUUUCCUCAAAAUGGAAAUUUAACCCAAGAAUCUGGUCAAACGGUUUUGUGUAGCAGUGAACCAAUCAAGACAAAUCCUUCUUCUGAAUCCCCUGAUCCAAAAACUGCCCUGGAGAUUAACUGCUCCAAAUCUCAUCCUGAACAUACAAUGGUUUUUCCUUCUAAACUAAAAACCAAAAGUCAAGCAAAGACUGGGAGAUGUGGAAUACAAAACGUUAAGAGGAGCAGAGACUCAGUUUCUAGCGAUCGUGUUCUAAGGAAAAGACGUCGCUGUUAAUCGCUCUCGAAAGUUUAACACUGGAAUGGAAGGCAUUCAGAAACGAUCGACAGCUAGACUUGAUAUUAAUUGUGUACAGUAUGGCUAAAAUUAUGAGCCUAAAAAGUACUAAAAUUAUGGGCCUCCAAGAAAACCAAACAAAUAAACUUUAAAAAUGUACAGUUAAUAAUACAAUUUGUUAACUUUUGUUAUUUUUUUAUAAUAUAAAACUAAU